AGGACGGGAUUCCGAGCGGUCGAGCGUGCUGGACAAGCGCCAGUGUUCGGCGGAUUCUGAGGACAGCAUGUCGCACGGUGGCGAGAGCUUCCACAAGAAGGUCAUGUGGAGGAUUUCCUCGAAGCUGUUCGCGGUCUCUGGCUCCACCACCCCGAUGGCUAGCUGGGACGACUUCGUGGGCAGCACCCAUUUCGAGGUCGCCAUUGGUAUCGCUAUUAUACUGAAUGGCAUCCAGAUGGCGUUCGAGAUCCAGCACCAGGGUCUUAAGCUGGGCAGCUCUCUCAACUACGGGUUCUACCAUAAUCCUGACCCGUGGCCUGGGGCCACGUAUCUAUUUGAGGGUCUUGGUUUUUUCUUCGGUGUCAUAUUCACUAUCGAAAUGACUCUCAAAAUCAUGGUAUUGCGUUUGAGGUUUUUCAGCAAUGCGUGGAAUUUGUUCGACAUGGUAGUGGUUGCCGGCUGGCUCGUCGAGACCCUCGGCGAGACGCUCCAAUACACUGGAGAGAGCCUCGGCGGAUACCACCGUCUUCCGCAUCGCGCGCCUGCUGCGACUUCUUCGCCUGGCGCCGCUUGGGGCAGGGCGGAGCAAGCCUCGCCGCUUUCCUCUCCCCCCCUGAGUGGCAAGAGAGUGGGGGGAUGGGCUCAGGGGGGGACGCAUCGACCUGCACUCGCCCAGCGAUCGCCGAGAUGGACCCAAUGGCCCACUCCGCCCAGGACCACGCGGAUUCGCUGUCGAGGGCCCCCUCCCCGUAUUUCCCGCUCCCCGUCCCCUUGCACUUCCUCCCAGCCCCACCCCCUACGUCUGUACCCGUCAUUCCUCCGCCUCCUCCGCCCGUUCUUCCCCCACCAUCCUCGCACGAGGAAUGAUCCGUCCGUUUCGAUGGAUUUGCUGGCCUGGAGUUUCAGGACUGUGUUGUCGCUCCGAUAGGCCUCCCGUGGUUCUGUGCCCCGAGUUACGGACUAAGAGACACAUGUGGUAGUGCGCACUAUGGCAGAUGCAGUGCUGGU